AUGCGCGCGCAGGCGUGGCCCGCGGGCCCGACGGCUGCCUGGCCGGACGAGGGGCCCACGACGGCGCCGCCGCGGAGCGCCUGGGAGGCGACACCCGAGGCGGCGGACCACCCGACGCCGCUCACGUCCCCCGCCGCGUCGACGCCGUCGUCGGCGUCGCCGUCGCGCCGGUCGUCGUCGUCGCUGGCCUCGGAAGCGCGGCUCGCGUCCAUGGCGGCGCGGGCGGCGCACCUGAUGGACGACGUCGACCGCCUGCGCGCGUCGAACCUCGAGGUCCCGCGCCUGCGUCGCGAGUGCGAGGAGCUGCGCGCCGCGGCCGCGCGCGCCGACGGCGCCGAGGCGGCCGCCGCGGAGCUGUCGGCGCGGCUCGGUGCCGAGGCGGCCGCGCGCGGCGCCGAGCGGGCCGACGCCGCGCGUCGGACCUCGGCGCUCGAGUCCGACCUCGCCGCCGCGCGAAAGGCCUUGGACGUCCUCGCCGCCGAGCGCGACGCGCUGCGCCCGGAGACGCCGCUGGAGCGCUUCUACGACGCCCGCACCGCGGCCGCCGUGGUCUCGCCGUCGUUGCGACAGCCGAAGCUCGUCGCGUCGGCGACGGAGACGCUCCUGGACCUGCCGUCCGCGAGGCGACCGAGGCUAACCGACUCCGCCUCCGUGGCGCCCAGUCCCGACGACCGCGCCGUCGAGGUCGCGUUGCUUCGGGCGAACCUCCAGGCGCUGCGGCUUGAGGCGGAGCAGUUGCGGCGCGCGGCCGCGGCGAAACCGCCGCCAGUCCCACCGCCGCCGCCGGCACGGCCUGAGAUAGCGCCGCCGCCGCCGGCAGAACCUGUGAUAGCACCGCCGCCGCCAGCGGAACCGGAGCCCGUCGAGGCGCCCGCGACACCGCCCGACUCGCCGCGUGCGCAGUGGGCCGUCGAGCUCGUCGGGCGCGACGACGCCGAGCGGUUCAAGCUCGGGCGCGACGGGCUGCCCGCGACGUCGCGGCGGGCAAUGCUGCGCGUCGGACGCCGCCUGGCCCUCGACGCCGACGGUUGGAAGGCUUCUGCCGCGCUAAGCAACGUGAGCGGCGUCGACUACGACGCGAGGGGCACGGGCCUGGUACGCGUGGCUCACGACGCCGGCGCGUAUUACUUCCGCGUGGCGAACCGCGCCGUCGUCGGCGAGUUGAUUCGUGCGAUCGAGGCCGGCGGCGGCGACAUCCGGGCGACGCCGACCUUUCGCGAGCGCGACGCGGUCCCGGCUAGCCCUGGCGGGGCGGCGCGGGCGGCGCUGCGGCGGCGACGGAGGCGUGGGUUUCGGUGAAUUAGGUAUGAGUUUCUGUUUAAGCCAAC